ACGACCGAGAGGCAGCAUGGACUCUCUGCUGCUGCUGGCUCUACUGCUGCUCCACACCUGGGCAGAACCUUGGCCUCGGUCUGGGUUCCCCUCUUCAUCUGUGGAACCAACAAACUCCGGAACCCGACCCGGAACCCGGAACCCUGAUGGCUCAAGGGCGUGGUACUCCUCCACCCACCAGGCAGAGACCUCCACCCAACAGGCAGAGGAGACCUCCACCCACCAGGCAGAGACCUCCACCCAACAGGCAGAGGAGACCUCCACCCACCAUGCAGAGACCUCCACCCACCACACAGAGGAGACCUCCACCCACCACGCAGAGGAGACCUCCACCCAACGGGCAGAGGAGACCUCCACCCACCAUGCAGAGACCUCCACCCAACGGGCAGAGGAGACCUCCACCCAACGGGCAGAGGAGACCUCCACCCACCACACAGAGGAGACCUCCACCCAACGGGCAGAGGAGACCUCCACCCAACGGGCAGAGGAGACCUCCACCCACCACACAGAGGAGACCUCCACCCAACAGGCAGAGACCUCCACCCACCAUGCAGAGACCUCCACCCAACGGGCAGAGGAGACCUCCACCCACCAGGCAGAGGAGACCUCCACCCAACAGGCAGAGGAGACCUCCACCCACCAUGCAGAGACCUCCACCCAACGGGCAGAGGAGACCUCCACCCACCACACAGAGGAGACCUCCACCCAACGGGCAGAGGAGACCUCCACCCACCACACAGAGGAGACCUCCACCCAACAGGCAGAGGAGACCUCCACCCAACGGGCAGAGGAGACCUCCACCCACCACGCAGAGGACACCUCCACCCACCAAAAACAGGGGCGCUCUACCCACCAGGCAAUUGAGACCUCCACCCACCACACAGAAAGGACCUCCACCCACCAGGCAGAGAAGACCUCCACCCACCAAGCACCAUCAAGCUCCGCCCACCACCCACUGUUGGGCUCCACCCAGCAGUCACAUGGGAGCUCCACCCACCAACCACCAUCCAGCUCCACCCACCAACCACAGUUGAGCUCCACCCACCAAGCAGAGGAGACCUCCAUCCACCAGGCAGAGGGGAGCUCCACCCACCAAGCUGAAGACAGCUCCACCUUCACAUCAGAGGACAGUUCAUCGGGUGGAGGAGGUGGAGGAGGUGGAGCGACGGCUACGCCCUCCGAUGCUUCAUUGCCGCUGAGCCCAGGAGGUCGAGGAGCAGGUGGAGGACAAGCAAAGGUGGAGAAGCCUGGCGGCCCUGAGGUCUCUGAACCUCCACCUUCAGAGGGUUCCUUUGCUUCUUCACAGCGUUACACCACCUUCACACUUCCACCCUCCACAGUGGCCACGACUCUGGCUCCACCCUCUCCUCACUCCCUGCCUCAACCUACAGCACCAGCCUCCACCCUCCGUUCACAGACGUGGGUGGAGCUCUCCACAGAGCCAACCUCAGCUCCAUCUCCACCCACCAGCCAACGUUCUGGUGACACCACCUCCAGUCCUCCAGCAGGGCCAUCCGUCACGCCACCUCCAACAACACCUACACCCAAACCAGCAUCCACCGCCUCCACCCCCACCGUGACUGGAGCAGCACCACCUUCUACAUCCACCACCAGAGGCUCACCUGCAAACACCUCCAUCACUGAGACCACUCCUCCACCCGGGAGCACCGCCUCACCUGUGUACACCUCCACCUGGCUGCCCCGCCCCCCAAGUUCCCCCAGUUCCUCCAGCGCCCCCGGCCCCAGCAGCUCCCCCCACCCCCCCAGCUCCGCCCCCAGCCCCCCCAGUUCCCC